AUGCCAACCCGCAAUGCCCGCAAUGCCCGCAAUCGCCAGGCCCACGCGUACAGCCAGAGCGAAAUUGACAGACAGCUCACAGAUCUCCGCUGGCAGGUCAGGACUGCUGGUAACUACACCCAGCCCAUCAACUGUCGUCGGUGUACCGGCGAACCGCUCGUCGAGAUCGAGUGCUUCAUGUGCCACAAGACCAAGGGUCUAGAAGAGUUCGCCAAGAGUCAGCGCUGCAGUCCUGAUCAUGCUUGGAGUGCCAAUGGCGACGCCAAUGCUCUUGAAGACGGCGGUGUACCAUUGUCCCAGGACUUCCAACGCGGCCUUUCUAUCAGUGGCUCAACCUCGGGUCCGCUGAUCGAGACCGAUAGCGAGGUUUCGUACCAAGGACGUAACGGCAUCAACGAUGGUUGGAGCGAGGCGCGGUCCGGACAUACCGGGUCGUGGCAUACGGGCACCAGGUCAACUGCGGCAGGCAGCGGAAUCAACAGCAAUGGUUUCAAUCCAAAUGCCUAUGGUCGCCCAUUAGCCACGUCAAAUGCUGGCACACAGCGUAGCUACCCGUCCAGUGUUGCCGAGCACUCCGAGAUGUCGGGUUCACGCCAGUUUCCGAGAGUCCGAGCGUUUAGGCCUGGCGAUUCUUCGGAUACCUCUGCUGGUCCGGUUCGUAGCCCCUUCGUGAGGCCUGCCGGAGAUACGACGCGUGAGCUUGACCAAUCCUGGCAGUCUGACUCUGAGGAAGAGGACGACGACGAUGAUGAUGACAGCGACGGCGACAACACAACUAUCUGA